AUGUCAAUCAAAAAUUUACCAACACGAUGCAUUCGAACUUUUGAUUUGCACGAAGGACCUGUUCACAUUGCACGUUAUAACUCAAGUGGCGAGUAUCUUCUCAGUGGAGGGCAAGACAAAAGUGUGUGCUUAUGGAAUCCAGAGACUGGCUUACGUAUUAAAACAUAUGUCGGGCACGGAAAAGAAGUGUUAGACAUUAAUGUUACCACAGAUCAUUCGCGUUUCGUUUCGUGUGGAGGCGAUCGUCAAGUUUAUUAUUGGGAUGUUGCCACAGGAAGAACGAUCAGACGUUUUGAGGGCCAUAAUCAACGCGUAAACACGGUUGAUUUCAAUAUGGAAGGAACAGUCAUUGCCAGUGGUUCAUAUGAUACGACUAUACGGUUGUGGGAUUGUAGGUCACAAAAUCGCAUACCAAUCCAAAUUUUAGAAGAUGCAAAAGAUAGUGUUACAUCUUUACAGAUCUCUCAAUAUGAAAUUGUAUCUGGAUGUACGGAUGGUAAUAUACGAACGCAUGAUAUUCGAAUGGGAACUCUUUUAACAGAUUUAAUUUCGCAUCCGGUGACAUCAGUAACUGUGUCCAAUGACUUCAACUGCAUACUUACAAGUAGUUUGGACAAUGUUAUUAGAUUAAUGGACAGAGAAAAUGGCGGGAUGUUGAAUUCCUUUAAAGGGCAUAGUAAUUCAUCAUACAAGAUUCAUUCUUGUUUAUCUAGAGAUGAUGCGUAUGUUAUCAGUGGAUCAGAAGAUGGUGCUAUUUACAUUUGGGAUUUAUUGGAGGGAAAGGUAUUGACCACAAUAAGUAAUGCUCAUUCAGGGGUUGUUACAUGCGUUAAGUAUCAUCCUCGCAUAAAUGCAAUGAUAUCUACGAGCAUCGAUGGGACAAUAAAACUGUGGAAACCGGCUGAUGAAGUAUCACAAUAG